AUGGCACCCUCGGAGCUGCUCACGCCCAUCAACGGCGUGAAUGGCAUCGCAAACAUGUACGAUUACCCUCCGGCGAAUCCAGAGGGUGAAUACAGAAUCUUGCAGCAGUACCACUCCAAGCCUACCAAGCUGCGAGUGGCAUGCGUAGGUGCUGGUGCUUCCGGCCUCUGCCUGGCCUACAAGAUGGAGAAGAUGAUGAUUCCCGGGUCAUGGGAAUUGACUCUAUACGAGAAGAAUCCAAUGUUCGGCGGAACUUGGUACGAAAACACAUACCCUGGCGUGGCCUGCGAUAUCCCUUCGCACGACUACAACUUCACCUGGGAUCCCAAGCCAGACUGGUCGCAGUUCUUUGCAUCGGGCAAGGAGAUCCAAGGGUACUUUGAGGGUUUCGCAGAGAGACAUGGAAGCAAGAAGUACAUGCAGUUGAACAGCAAGAUCAUCGAGGCGAGAUGGGACCCGUCGGAAGGUAUCUACAAUUUGACGAUCGAGAACCCUCAGACGAAGGAACAGCGGAAGGAUUGGUCCCAUGUUCUGGUCAACGGUAGUGGCAUCUUGAACACCUGGAAGUGGCCAGAUAUCGAGGGCCUCCAUGACUUCAAGGGUCCGAUUCUCCACUCGGCGAACUGGGAUCACAGCGUCGACUUCAAGGACAAGUCGACUGCGAUCAUUGGUGUUGGAUCCACUAGUGUACAAAUCACGCCGGCGCUUCAGAAAAUCUGCAAGGAUGUCAAAGUGUUCAUGCGCAGCCCGACCUGGAUUUCGCCGCCGUUCGGCGCUGGUGCUCUGACCAACGAUCUACAGAAGGGCCAGGAUGUCGACCCGGGUCAGCGCCAGUACAACUUCACCGAAGCAGAUAAAAAGAAGUUUCGCGAAGAUCCAGAAUAUCAUCUUGAUUUCCGAAAGCGUAUCGAGGCCGAGAUCAACAGCUUGUUUGGCAUGUACAUCCAAGGUUCCGAGCUCUCUACCACGAUGCGUGAUGUCAUCACAAAGGAGAUGCACCGACGCAUGGGUGACGGCCACGAAGAGCUAAAGAAGUUCAUCACUCCUAAGUUCGCUCCUGGCUGCCGAAGAAUCUCGCCUGGAGAUGGAUUCCUCGAGGCAUUGGUCCAGGACAACGUAACCCCCGUAUUUGAGGGUAUCAAGCGCGUGGUUCCUGAAGGUAUCGAAACAGCGGAUGGCACUGUUCACAAGGUUGAGAGGAUAGUAUGCGCCACCGGCUUCCAGGUCGCAUUCCAGCCCGCUUUUAAAGUUGUCAACGGCGAAGGCAAGUCCAUCAAGGAAGACUGGACCACGGGCCCGAACCUAUACUUCGGCGUUAGCGCCCCUCGAUUCCCUAACUACUACACCAUCGUCGGUCCCGGCGCCACUUGGUCCAACGGCACUCUGCUUCCGUCAAUCGAGACCACCAUCGAAUACUCAAUUAAGUGCAUGCGCAAGAUGCAGCACGAGGGCAUUAAGGCAAUGGCUGUCAAGCAGGAUGCGCUAGAUGCUAUCUAUGCCCACUUUGAUGAGUUCCACAGCAACACCGUCUGGCAAGAAGAGUGCCGCAGUUGGUUCAAGGACGGCGAAAUCAAAAAGAGAAUUUACCUUUGGCCAGGUGCAACGAUUCACUUCCUCAAGACCAUCAAGGACCCAAGAUGGGAGGACUACGACUACACAUAUCGAUACAAGAACAGGUUCGCGUUCUUGGGCAAUGGAGACGUCAAGGCGACGGCUGAGAAGGACAUCCAAGGGCUGAGCGUCUACAUCAGAAACUCGGACCACGAGUGGAGCGUCGCCUAA